CCUCGCUGGGCGGCGGUGGCUCGGGGGGCCCUUUGCUAGCGGAAAGGAACCGUCGGACUCUGGCCUUCCGAGGAGGUGGCGGCGGGGGUCUCGGCAACAAUAGCAGUAGCCGCGGCCGCCCGGAGACCUCGGCGUGGCCCCUGAGGCAUUUCAAUGGGCGAGGGCCGGCGGCUGUGGAUCUGGAGCUUGACGCGCUGGAGGGGAAGGAGUUGAUGCAGGACGGCGCGUCCCUGAGCGACAGCACCGAGGACGAGGAGGAGGGGGCGAGCCUGGGCGACGGCAGUGGGGCGGAAGGCGGCAGCUGCAGCAGCAGCAGGCGGUCGGGCGGCGAUGGUGGGGAUGAAGCGGAGGGCAGCGGUGUGGGAGCUGGCGAAGGAGAGACUGUCCAGCACUUCCCGCUCGCGCGGCCCAAGUCCCUAAUGCAGAAGCUACAGUGCUCUUUCCAGACCUCCUGGCUCAAGGAUUUUCCCUGGCUGCGAUAUUCAAAGGAUACUGGCCUUAUGUUUUGCGGCUGGUGCCAAAAGACCCCUGAUGAUGGGGGAAGCGUGGAUCUUCCGCAAGUGGGGCACGAUGAGCUUUCUCGAGGGACCCGUAACUACAAGAAAACCCUGCUUCUGAGGCACCACGUCUCCACCGAGCACAAACUCCACGAAGCCAACGCCCAGGAAUCAGAAAUUCCAUCAGAGGAGGGGUACUGUGACUUUAAUAGUAGGCCAAAUGAGAACUCUUACUGUUAUCAACUUCUUCGACAACUAGAUGAACAGAGAAAGAAAGACAUUCUUUGUGAUGUCAGCAUUGUGGUGAGCGGGAAAAUCUUUAAAGCUCAUAAGAACAUCCUGGUUGCAGGCAGCCGUUUCUUUAAGACUUUAUAUUGCGUUUCAAACAAAGAAAGCCCUAACCAAAACAAUACUACCCAUUUAGAUAUUGCUGCAGUUCAAGGUUUUUCAGUCAUCUUGGACUUCUUGUAUUCUGGUAACCUGGUGCUCACAAGCCAAAAUGCCAUUGAAGUGAUGACAGUGGCCAGCUACCUUCAAAUGAGUGAAGUUGUUCAAACUUGCCGAAAUUUCAUUAAAGAUGCCUUAAAUAUAAGCAUUAAAUCAGAAGCUCCGGAGUCUGUAGUUGUGGACUACAAUAACAGAAAACCAGUUAAUAGAGAUGGUCUGUCUUCACGGGAUCAAAAAAUUGCCAGCUUUUGGGCAACACGGAAUCUUACCAAUUUGGCAAGUAAUAUAAAAAUUGAAAAUGAUGGUUGUAAUGUCGACGAGGGCCAAAUAGAAAACUACCAAAUGAAUGACAGUAAUUGGGUCCAGGAUGGUUCUCCUGAAUUGGCUGAAAAUGAAUCUCAAGGUCAAACAAAAGUAUUUAUUUGGAAUAACAUGGUCUCCCAGGGAAUUCAAGACACUGGCAAAACAAGGAGGAAAAACCAAACUACAAAGAGAUUUAUUUAUAAUAUACCACCUAAUAAUGAAACAAAUUUAGAAGAUUGCUCAGCGAUGCAGCCACCUGUUGCCUAUCCAGAAGAAAAUAAGACCCUAAUCAUUAAGGAGGAACCAGAUUUGGAUGGUGCUCUACUCUCAGGGCCUGAUGGUGAUAGGAAUAUGAAUGCAAAUUUAUUGGCUGAAGCCUGCUCUGGUCAAGAUGGAGGUGAUGCUGGUACUUCACAUGAUUUCAAGUAUGGUUUGAUGCCUGGUCCAUCAAGUGAUUUCAAGUAUGGAUUAAUACCAGGUACUUCAAAUGAUUUCAAGUAUGGAUUGCUACCAGGUGCUUCAAAUGAUUUCAAGUAUGGAUUAUUGCCAGAAUCGUGGCCAAAACAAGAAACUUGGGAAAAUGGUGAAUCAUCUCUAAUCAUGAACAAAUUAAAAUGCCCUCAUUGUAGCUAUGUAGCCAAAUACAGACGAACACUAAAAAGGCACUUGCUCAUUCAUACGGGAGUGAGAUCAUUUAGCUGUGACAUUUGUGGAAAGCUGUUUACACGGAGAGAACAUGUAAAAAGACAUUCCCUGGUGCAUAAAAAGGAUAAAAAAUACAAAUGUAUGGUGUGUAAGAAGAUCUUCAUGUUAGCAGCCAGUGUUGGAAUAAGACAUGGAUCUCGACGCUAUGGUGUUUGUGUAGACUGUGCAGAUAAAUCACAACCAGGAGGGCAAGAAGGUGUAGAUCAGGGGCAGGAUACAGAAUUCCCUCGGGAUGAAGAGUAUGAGGAGAAUGAAGUAGGAGAAGCUGAUGAAGAGCUGGUUGAUGAUGGAGAAGAUCAGAAUGAUCCAUCUAGAUGGGAUGAAUCAGGAGAUGUCUGUAUGUCUCUGGAUAAUUAACUGACCUGCUACUAUACUCCUCAAGGAUGCUGCAUUUGGACAUAUGAAUCGACAAUUUGGAUUGUUGAACUUGAAGGCUUGCAAAAUAUGGUACAUGCUGGAUGGUAGUUAUGUUGCUGUGAAAACUGUAGGGUCAAAGCCUUAUAGCAAAAAAAAAAAAAAAUUAUAUUUGCACAGGACUAUACAGCAAACAACCAUGUGGUUGGAUUACAUGGAGUCCCCACAUAUUCAGUUAACAAAGUAAAAUAUUUUUUAUUUAUAGGAUAUACAGUAACUAUUUGGGUACUAUGAAAAUAUAGUACCUAUCCUUAAUAGAGCUUACAUUCAUGUGCCACUUUAACAUGAGUGAAGAAAAUCCAUUUAUGGAAAUACAGUGACAGUUGACCCAAUCACUUUGUCCAUCAAACCACUCAGGCUAGUUUGUACUAGUAGAGUUUUGUUUCUAUUUUUAUUUUUAUUAAUUUUAUUUUUUUUAAUACAGAUUUUCAGUGAGGGGCUUUUUCAACCCCAAUGGUUCUAUUUUCUUGUAUUUUUCCAUUUUAAUUUGCUUCAUAACUUAAACCAAGUCUCUUCUAGUCUUAGGUAUUUCUCAAUUUUGUGCUGAUGGGCAUGUUUAUAAGAACUGGAGAGGUAAUUUAUUUGGAAUGAACUGACUUCCCCCAACCCUUCUUUCCUUUUUUUGACAUGAAUUUUACUACUUCACAAAUGAAGAAUGAUGUUGCAGAGUUACCAUGGUGAAGUUGACAAAUACCACUAAAAUGAUUAUGAUUUAUAAGUAACUUUCUCCUGCUGCUCUAAUCUGAUAAAUGGUUACUAUAUGACGUUUUCUGACAUGGUAUUUGGUUUUGGGUAUCUGUUACUUUGGCACUAUUCUUGUUUGCCUCUUAUUAUUUUUGCCAGUGUACUAUACCUCAGCCUUAUUUGAAAGACAGAAAUCUGAUCAAAAAAAGUCAUAGAAACAAUAAGUAAAAUGAUUUGUUUUAUAAUUUAUCCUCCAUGUCCAGUUUGGUUAGCUUGUUAUGCAAUAUAAGUGAAAUAUCAGGUUUUUACUCCUGUGCCCUCUUUAUCAUUAAAAUUAACGCAAAAUGUUCAUUCUCUUUUGUUUCAUACUUACCGGAUAUUGAGUGUUUCGAAAUUAUGAUUAAUUUAUUUUUCCAUACACCUUGAAUAUAGUCUUACUAGUCACCAUGAUUCAACAAUCUACAAAUGUCUUUAUUUUAUAAAUAAAAUGUUGAGAGGCUUUAUUAAGAUCUUUAGGGUACAAAGGAGGUGAUAUAUUAAGUUGUAAUUAUUAGAUUAUUUAGCCUGGUGAUGAAUGAAUUGCUAUAUGUGGAAGUCUCAGAAACAUUUCACCUAUUAUUAAUGUGGACAUUUAUCAGGAGCAUAAUAUAUAAGAUUGAGUGACAUCAUUUUCAGCUUUCUUUUAAAUAAAAAUUGAGUAUAUUUUCCUAUUUUAUAUCAGGUAACUAAAUUAUGUUAGCUGUAUGAAAAUUUUUGCAAAGAUGCUUUGACAGAUAAAUUCUUUUGGUGCUCCAUCUAAUCAAAGUUGAAAAAUUGAUUUUUUUUUUUUUUAAGAGACAAGCUUUCUCAUUGUCUCUGAUUUCAGUAGAAUAAUGGUUUAAUGUUAGUGAUGUUUCUGCUUGGGUAAAUCAGAAAUAAAAGGUUAGUUACAUGGUAACUAACUUUUUGUCAUCUAAACUUUAUUAUAGUUUCUACAUAAUUAUAAGCCUGACAAAUGAACAGUUUUGGUUUGAUUUUUUGUUUGUUUGUUUAAAACUGAAGAGUACAUCUUAUUCUCAGUGUUCUAGACAAAUAAGUAAAAUGUAAUUCUAGUGAGGUCCAAAGUAGAAAUUAGUUGGGCAAAGAUACUAUGAAUGAAAAAGUAUUUUAAGCGUAAAAUGUUCUGCUUUGUGAAUAAUGUAAGUAUAGUAUAAAGAUUUCUUUCAUCCCAUUUAUCCCCUUCCUUUAAAAUAAACCAUAGUUUACAAUUGGUAGAUCUGUCUAUAUAUAAAUAUAUAUUAAAGAGCAAAGAUAUAUAUCUAAAAAAAAAUCACCUAAGUCUGCUUUAUUAGACUAUAGUUCACUUAUUGCAUAGAAACUGGACUUGGCUUUACAUUCUUAAUGUACUUUUACUUUUCCUCAAGAUAUGAACUUAUUCUCUUGAAACUGAAUUUUCUUUUAUUACUUAAAUCAUUUAUGUAUAUCUGGUAAAUUAUGACCAAAUUUUUUGUUAGAUUGCAUACAGUAAAUUGAAAUACAUAUGUGGUACACUACGGGAUUGUUGUGCAUUUGUUUUGGUUUUAGUUGGAAACAAGGUUUGAUGUAGAUGGUUUGUUAAUGUUAAUUUAAAAUAUUCUAAUUGUCCAUUUCCUUCAAUGUUGUGUUGUGCCAGAUUUGGCUAUAUUUUUAGUCAUCUGAAAUAUGAUACUUUAAAAGUUUGUUUUUAGGUAAUCCAAAGGAAAAAUGUUUAUACUCUUGAAUAUAUUAGCCUCAGCCUAUAUAAAAAUUUCUUUGAAGUAAACAUUUUACCAGAAACAAAAUUGACAGAUUUUUCUACUUGCCGUCUGCCUAACUUAUUAUGUUUCAUGAUCUCGAGGGACUGCCUUUUUCCCUUCUAGAUCUUUUUUAAAAAAUAGUUUUAGUACUAAGGUAUACUACUGGACGUUUCUAUUUUUUUAAGUAUAUUCUUUUUCUGACUUACAGUACAACAAUUUCAGGAAGUUAAUAGAUACUAAGAACUUAUGAUUGGUCUUGAGGUAACAAUGAAAUGAAUACUCAUAAUUUUGUCUGGAACUCUGGCAGAAUUAUAUGUUAAACAUUUGGUGAAGUUUUCUCGUAAUUUAUAUUUUAAAUAAAAAAUAUUUUAGAGCUUUUAAUUUUAAUGAAGGGGAAGAGUUUAAACUUUCAUAUUUACUUUAGUAACAGGCCCUCUCAAGUCAAGAUCUUAUAUUUCUUAGGAUUCUGAGACAGUUACUUCCAUAUGGUCUCCUCUUUGUCAUGGUUCUUGGCCCUUGGUUUUUUUUUUUUUUUAAUUCACUAGAUAAUUUUCUGAAUUUUAGUAAGCAAUUGAGUUUAAAAAAGAAACAUAGUAGGAAGAGGAAACUGGACAGUAAAGGAGUAUCUUUGAAAUUUGUGAUAGAGGGAGCUCUAGCUGGUCAAAGUUGAGUCAUCCUAAUGGAGAAUAGUGAGCUGAAUGAGUUAAUUCAUUUAAAGUUUUUAGAACACUGGAACUUACUAGUACAUAAUACAUUUCAGUUUAACAAUAGAUGUGAACCAAGAGGAAAAAUAGAAAUAAAAUAUGGUAGAAAGGAGGAAAAUAAAGGAUUAGGAUUUGGAAAUUCAUUAGUAUGAUUUAGUAUAAAAGGCCUGAAGAUGACUGGAGUAGUAUAAUAUGGGGAAUAGUGUGAUGAAAAAUAGAUUUUAAAAACAAAUCUUAAAAUUUAAAGCUUUAAUAAGCUUUUGUUUGUAGGGUUUUGUGAACAUAGCAUGAAAGGUUUAAAUUCAUUUUUCUGAAUAAGAUUCCAAAAGCUACCAGUUUCUUUUGAGUGCCCACACUUGCCAUUGUUCUGUAUACAUUAUUUUGUGUAAUCCCUAUAAAGUAGGUGCUAUUGUCUCCAUUUUAUAGAUAAGGAAAGGCUCAGAAAUUCAGAAAUUUAACGCAGCUAUAAUAAGAGCUGGGAUUUGAUCAGGUCUGAUUCUGAAGCCCAAGCUCUUUCUGGGAGGCUCUAUUGCUGCCUCAUUAAACAACUUAUUUGUAGAAUUCCAGCUCUUUAAUGGAGUCUAUGGAGAUUUAUAUUUUCCCUACAAAAUAGCUAUGUUAGGAAUUUUGUGAGUAUCCCUCCUCCCGCCAAUAAGCAUCCUUACUACUCUUUCCUCCUGAUAAAGCAAUUGUUUAGUCACUAUGACUUAAAUAAGACACACAACCUCAGUGUAGCAUAUAUUAUUAGUGGGCUGUGGCAUUUUCAUUUUUAAAAAAAAAUGAUUUUUUAAUCUGACAAACUAGAUUUGAGCCCCAGUUUUUGUGCCGUUCAGUCACCCGGAUCCUUAAACUUAACUAUGGUACAUAAUAUACACACUUAGAACUACAAACAGGCAUUUUCUUAGUCACUUUAGGAUAAAGUUUUUUGUUUUCCUGCUGUAUCCCUGCGUUCAAGUGAAGUUGAACAAUCCUAAGUAGUAUGAAAUGUGUUAGGGAUAAGCACACGUAAAGAUGUUUUCUAGCCCUGAAUUUUAUGACAUUGUGUACUUUAAAGUUAGAGUACACUAGCCAGUGAGAACAAGAUUCUGGGUUGAGGAGAGAGAUGGUUGAGGCCAUUAUCAAAUGGGAGAAUCAGCAUUUUAAACACUGUAAACACAGAACACUUUCUUCUGCCUGCUGUUUGUAAAAGCUCUCUGGGAAGAUCUUUUACGAAGACCAAUUUUUUAAAAAUGUAAUUUACCUACCUAAUAUAAGUGUCCUAAGACAUGUAUGUAACUUCCAAGACUGUUUUGUUUGUGUAUUUAGAAAAUACACAAGAAUCUUUAUCAAACCUAAAAAUAUAAACUUGUGAGCACUAAACUGCAUCUGGCUUUGUGAAUUUUAUUGACUCUGGCAUUUAAUUCGAAUUUCUUUGUAUAAAUUUAGACUAAUUGGGACAAGGGGAACACUUUUGGAAACUUUGACUUAUGUGUAAUUUGGAAAUCUCUUGUUUUUAAGUUUUACAAAUUUGAAUUGUAGAAUAUUAUGAGGGGUUUAUUUAUUUGUAUGUUUUUAUAUGAAAGUACAUAAAUGACUCAAACUA